AUGUUUGAAACCAGCCAGGGAAACAACAAUGAUGGAUUGGUCCAUCGCAUACUGGAUGGCCUGGGCAGCAACAAAUACCUACCCAUGGACUAUGAUCAAAUGAUGGAAAAAGUGUUGGAGAAGAAAUUUGAGGCCAAUAGCUCUGUCAUGAAGAUGUGCAAACUGAAGAGUCUUCGUAAGCGCCACCAGAAAAACACCAAGACCAAACAGCAUCAGGUGGCAUGGCAGAAAGAGAUGUUGCGACUGAAAGAUAUUCGUCAUAUCGCUGAGACCGACAUCGCUGAGUAUAUUGUCAAAAAUGCCAAAAAUGAUCUCCCUGUCUAUCUAGAUUAUGAUUAUUUGAAAGAGAAACAAAUUGAAGAAAUGUCUGUUUUUAAAGAAAAAACUUUGGAUCCAAUUUGGGAUUUGUGUCUGUUCAGCUCUCUCUCUCUCUCCCUCUCUCUCUCUCUCCUCCCUCUCUCUCUCUCUCUCUCUCUCUCUCUCUACUUAAGUCUGUUCAUAUUCUGUCUUUUGAUAUUAGUCUACUCUAUUCUUAUCUAUCUAUCUAUCUAUCUAUCUAUCUAUCUAUCUAUCUAUCUGUCUGUCUGUCUGUCUGUCAGUUCUUAUCUAUCUUAUCUCAUUUAUGUCUGUCUACAUAUCUAUACAUGCAUAGACAUACUCUAA